AUGAUUGUUGUCAGACUAGACGGAAGACAAUCUGCCCACCUCUGUGAGUCUCUUAUGAGUCAGGUUCUUGCCAAGCCCGUGGGAGUACUGCACAUCAUGAAAUCCGAAAAGAACUCUGAAGGUGGACUCUAUGUAUGCAUGAAUACAUUUUUGGCCUUUGGAAGGGAACAUGUUGAAAGACAUUUUCGAAAAACUGGACAGAGUGUCUACAUGCACCUAAAAAGACAUGUGAAAGAGAAGGUAAGAGGGGCAUCUGGUGGAGCUUUACCAAAAAGGAGGAAUUCCAAGAUUUUUUUAGAUCUAGAUACUGAUGAGAAUUUAAAUAGCGACGAUUAUGAAUAUGAAGAUGAAGCCAAACUUGUUAUAUUCCCAGACCACUAUGAAAUAGCACUACCAAAUAUUGAGGAAUUACCAGCCCUGGUAACAAUUGCUUGUGAUGCAGUUCUCAGCUCGAAAUCUCCUUACAGAAAGCAGGACCCAGACACAUGGGAAAAUGAAUUGCCAGUAUCUAAAUAUGCCAAUAACCUCACCCAGCUGGACAAUGGUGUCAGGAUUCCUCCAAGUGGUUGGAAGUGUGCCAGGUGUGACCUGCGGGAGAACCUCUGGUUGAACUUGACCGACGGCUCCAUCCUGUGUGGAAAGUGGUUCUUUGACAGCUCUGGAGGUAAUGGGCAUGCACUGGAGCAUUACAGAGAUGUGGGCUAUCCUUUGGCCGUGAAGUUGGGAACCAUCACUCCUGAUGGGGCAGAUGUUUAUUCUUUUCAAGAAGAGGAACCUGUUUUGGAUCCUCACUUGUCCAAGCACUUAGCGCAUUUUGGAAUUGAUAUGCUUCACAUGCACGGGACAGAGAACGGGCUCCGGGACAAUGACAUUAAGCCAAGGGUCAGCGAGUGGGAAGUGAUCCAGGAAUCGGGGACGAAGCUGAAGCCCAUGUACGGCCCGGGGUACACGGGCCUGAGGAACCUGGGCAACAGCUGCUACCUCAGCUCAGUCAUGCAGGCCAUCUUCAGCAUCCCAGAGUUCCAGAGAGCGUAUGUAGGAAAUCUUCCAAGAAUAUUUGACUACUCGCCUUUAGACCCAACGCAAGAUUUCAACACACAGAUGACUAAGUUAGGACAUGGCCUUCUCUCCGGCCAGUAUUCAAAGCCUCCAGUGAAAUCUGAGCUCAUCGAGCAGGUGAUGAAAGAGGAGCACAAGCCUCAACAGAAUGGGAUCUCUCCACGCAUGUUUAAGGCCUUUGUCAGCAAGAGUCACCCGGAAUUCUCCUCAAACAGACAACAAGAUGCCCAGGAGUUUUUCUUGCACUUGGUGAAUCUUGUAGAGAGAAAUCGUAUUGGCUCAGAAAACCCAAGUGACGUUUUUCGUUUUUUGGUGGAAGAACGUAUUCAGUGCUGCCAGACCCGAAAAGUCCGCUACACAGAGAGGGUGGAUUACCUGAUGCAGCUGCCUGUGGCCAUGGAGGCCGCAACCAACAAAGAUGAACUGAUUGCCUACGAAUUAACACGAAGGGAAGCCGAAGCAAACAGAAGGCCCCUUCCUGAACUGGUGCGCGCCAGGAUACCGUUCAGUGCCUGCCUUCAGGCUUUUUCGGAACCGGAAAACGUUGAUGAUUUCUGGAGCAGUGCCCUACAAGCGAAGUCUGCGGGUGUGAAAACAUCUCGCUUUGCCUCAUUCCCCGAAUACUUGGUAGUGCAGAUAAAGAAGUUCACUUUUGGUCUUGACUGGGUUCCCAAAAAAUUUGAUGUUUCUAUUGAUAUGCCAGAUCUACUUGACAUCAACCAUCUCCGAGCCAGAGGGUUACAGCCAGGAGAGGAGGAACUUCCAGACAUCAGCCCUCCUAUUGUCAUUCCUGACGACUCCAAAGAUCAUCUGAUGAACCAAAUGAUAGACCCGGCCGACAUUGAUGAGUCAUCGGUGAUGCAGCUGGCCGAGAUGGGCUUCCCGCUAGAAGCGUGUCGGAAGGCUGUGUACUUUACUGGAAAUAUGGGAGCUGAGGUGGCCUUCAACUGGAUUAUUGUCCACAUGGAAGAGCCUGAUUUUGCCGAACCACUGACCAUGCCUGGUUAUGGAGGAACAGCAUCUGCUGGAGCCUCAGUUUUUGGUGCUAGUGGGUUGGAUAACCAGCCUCCAGAGGAAAUCGUAGCUAUCAUUACUUCCAUGGGAUUCCAGAGAAAUCAGGCUGUCCAGGCACUGCGAGCAACGAACAAUAACCUGGAAAGAGCACUGGAUUGGAUCUUUAGCCACCCUGAGUUUGAAGAGGACAGCGACUUUGUGAUCGAGAUGGAGAAUAAUGCCAAUGCCAACAUUAUUUCCGAGGCUAAGCCUGAAGGACCUAGAGUCAAGGAUGGAUCUGGAAUGUAUGAAUUAUUUGCAUUUAUCAGUCACAUGGGAACAUCUACAAUACUAGAAUCUUAUCUGUCUUUUAUUUUCAGAUGGGUGAUCUACAAUGACCACAAAGUCUGUGCCUCAGAACGGCCUCCUAAAGAUCUGGGCUACAUGUACUUUUACCGCAGGAUACCAAGCUAAACCUCGGACAUGCAGAUUGGCGAGAAGAAGCCAUAUGCCUUUUUAAUUUGCCAAAAAAAAAAAA